AGCACACAUGCAUACAGACAAUAUAUUGUACUGGUAACUCAUAAUUAAAUACAUUUCGAAGCUCAAAAGUAUGUUCUCUAAAUUUCGGAAGGUGUUUCACGCGUAUCCUCUCCUCAGUAAUAUGGCUAUCGUAGCCGGGCUUUAUUGUGCCGGCGACGUCACUCAACGAACGGUUAUGCGGGUCGACUAUGACUGGAGAGCAACAGCAAGGAUAGCAACUAUUUCUUGUGUUAGCUGCCCCGCUUCCUUCUACUUUUACAAGGCGUUGGAUAAAUACCUCCCAGGAAGGUCGCUCAGGGUUGUGAUGUUGAAAGUGACCAUUGAUGGACUCGUGAUGACUCCACCAUUGUUGGCAGCAUUUUUCAUUGGAAACAGUAUACUAGAAGGUCAAGAAGAUAUUUUUGCUGAAUGCAAAGAAAAGGCACUGACGGCUUAUAUUGCUGAUAUAUUUUUCUGGCUUCCUGUCCAGACGGCUAAUUUUUUCCUGAUACCGCCUCAUCUACGUGUCGUCUACAUGAGCUUUGCUGCAUUGGGCUGGAGCACUAUCCUCUGCUUCAUCAAGGGACGACCCGUGCUGUCUGAAGAGGUUCCAGUGGAGACAUAAUUUUGCGUUGGUGGGACUCAACCCCCUAAUCACCAAGUGCAACAGGUGUAACAGUUUAAAGUGUCACAGAAUAAUCGUCCCGGAGAGGACACAUUACCUUAUCCGCUUUUCAUCUCCGAUCAAACGUUUUGGGCCUCUAUGGAAUCAUACAUGUACUUCAGCAUGUUAUCAUCAAUAAACCUGUAGGAACGGAUAUUGAAAAUGAUUACACUAUUAGGUUAUGUAGUAUCAAUCUUUAUGGGAUUGGCGAUCGUUCCCAGCAGUUUUGUCAACGCUUGCGGCACAAAGCUGGAUUUCAUUUUGAAAAACGGCAAAGCUUUGAAUAUUAUGUGAAACCUGCAUGCUGAAAAAAACGAAGUAAACGGCACAACUCUGUUGGUGAAAGAAAUUGUUAUGAUGUUGAUCGAGCAUACAUGUAAUAAUUGAUUGAUCAAGACAUUUUAAAACAGUAUAUAAUUGUAUAGAAGCUUUUUGUUUCGUUUGUUUCUAAACUCGCAUCUCCGUAAUGUGCUGCAGCCCAGUGAUUAUGUUUCACUUUUUGGCCAUUCCCUCUUAAAGAAAUAAAAGUGAUAUUGCCUCAAUGAA